AUGUCUCAAGUUGACGAUCCAAUGUACGUUGUCCCAAGUCCUCAAUCCGACAGUGUGAGGGGACAAGUAUUAUCUGAUCCUAUAUCAUAUUCUAAUACUGUGGACGACUACACCAAUAAUGUUCCAGCAAGCUAUGAUAAUCAAAUCUUACUUGACGGCGGCUUUGGUAUUCCUAAUAUAGGAACUCCUGACACCUUGUCCAGUGUUGAGCACAAUACGGUGGAGCCGUUGCCCGAUCGGCCAAGUGUUUCACCCACUUCUGCCAAUUCCAUGCCUGGUAGGACCAGCAGUAUGCCUAAUACGACCAACGUUGGUGUCAGUAACGCCUUGAUACCUGGGCCCAAUGGGGCUAGGAGGGGAGCCAGGAACUCCAGUAACAACUUAUCUGAGAUCACAUCACCCUACACAUACAGGCCUCCUACGAGACAGUCGUCCAUUCCCACGAGAAAUAAUCGCCAUUUGAUUGCAAAUCAGUCAGAACUAUUACGACUUCAACAGGAAUUGACCAGGUACCACGCCUCUCUACACCCUGCGCUAUGCAAUUCUCCGAGGUUGGCAAAUCAAAAUCGACGUGUGAAUAGGGGCCCUGGCCUGGCCAAUCCCAAUUCUAACCCCAAUCCCAGUCUCCCCUUUAUUUCCCAGGGUCUGCGGGGCAGCCCUACUGCAGUGGGCGCUGGCGACAGUCUGUUCGGAGUAGACUUCAAUGCAUCUUUUCCUCCCGGUGGUGUUCCCAUUGAGAACAUUUGUAUCUCCGACGGCCGCCCUAUCAUGGCUAGUCAACCCGCUUACGGCUUCAACUACUUCGACCGCGUUUACAACGACAACACACAGUACCUCACGACUCACUCUGGCAUUCGCAACUUCGUCCCAAGUCCAAGAACCGCUGGCCGGUCUAGCGUGCCGAGCAGCUACGUCGCCAGUAGCAUGCCUACCAGUCGUACCAGUAGCAUGCCUAGCAGUCGGAACAGCAGCCCUCGACGGAACCAGUAUUUUAUGCGCAGCCCUGCGAACACCUUCGCAAUGAACAGCAACAGCACCAACUACUUCGUUCCCGGCGGAGCCAACGUUCCUCUCAGCUCUCAUGGCUCCAAUAUCAACUUUUUGUCCAUGCCCACCGCGUCAAUAAACAUGAUGGAGCCCGUAGAAGUGAGGCUUCCUCAGGAGAUAAUCGAGUCUUUUCCCGUUAACAACUACACAACCAACUCCAACGACGUCGACGAUAACUCGAAAACCUGCUCCGUAUGCCUUGAGGAAUACCAGGAAGGGGUCGAAAUCAAAAGACUGCCGUGCACGCACUUUUACCACAAAAACUGCAUAGACCUUUGGCUGAACAAGAGUACUAUAUGUCCGAUUUGCAAGUUUGACUUCAUAGUAAUGCUCCAGUUUUAA